AUGCUACCUCAGUCUCCGCGCGCCGAACGCCGGCUCCUUGGCACCUUCGGCGGUGUCUUCACCCCCAGUGUCCUCACGAUUCUCGGCAUCAUCCUGUUCCGGCGUCUGGGCUACGUCGUCGGUGCCGCGGGUCUGCUGCCGGCGCUGGGGAUGCUGGCGCUGGCCACCGCGAUCUCGGUGAACACCAGCAUGUCGCUCUCGGCGAUCGCGACCAACCGCAAGGUCGGCGGCGGCGGCGACUACUACCUGAUCUCGCGCAGUCUGGGGGUCGAGUAUGGCGGUGCGCUCGGCGUGCUGCUGUUUCUGGCCCAGGCCGUGUCGGUCGCCUUCUACUGUGUGGGGUUCGGCGAGGCGGUGGCAGCCAUCGCCGGCGGCUCCGAUCUGCUCGUGCGCGUGACUGCGUCGAUCGCGGCGGUCGCGCUGUUCGCGCUGGCCUAUGCCGGGGCCGACCUGGCCACGCGUCUGCAGUACGUGAUCAUGGCGCUGCUGGUCGCCGCACUGGCCUCGUUCUUCCUCGGGGCCCAUGCCGCCUGGGACCCGGACCUGCUGCGAUCGAGUCUGCUACCGCGGCCGGAUGCCGAACCGCAGCCGUUUCUGGCUGCUGUUCGCCAUUUUCUUUCCCGCGGUAACCGGCUUCACGCAGGGCGUGAGCAUGUCCGGCGACCUCAGGGACGCGUCGCGCAGUCUCCCGCGCGGGACGUUUCUGGCGGUGGGACUGUCGACCGUGAUCUACGGGGCGGCGAUAGUCAUGUUCGCGGCCGCCCGGCCGCUAGCCGAUCUGGCCGCCGACUACGAGGGCAUGUCGCGCGUGGCCGCAGUGCCUGGUUGAUGUUCGCCGCGGCGUGUGGCGGCCACCCUCUCGUCGGCCCUGGCGUCGUUUCUCGGUGCGCCGAGGAUUCUCCAGGCGCUCGCCAGCGACAACUGUUCAAGGGACUGGGGCCGUUCGCGGUCGUCGACGCGCGCACCGGCAACCCGCGCCGGGCGGUCAUCCUGACCGGGAUCAUCGCGAUGGCGACCAUUGCCGCCGGCGACCUGAACGCCAUCGCUUCGGUCGUGUCGAUGUUCUUCCUGACUUCCUACGGGUUGCUGAACUACGCCAAGUACGUGGAAGCGCACGGCGCCGGACCGUCGUUCCGGCCGCGGUUCCGGUUCUACGACGCACGGGCCAGCCUGCUGGGCACGUGCCUGUGCGGCAUCGUGAUGCCUGCUGAUGGACCCGAUGGCGACCGCCGUCGCGGUGGCGCUGUUGUUCGCCGGAUACCAGUACCUGCGCUGGACGGCGGUCCCCACGCGCUGGCGUGA